UCCACCCAUUAUUAUUCUGAUCAAAAUAAAGAGAAGCAAUAUAGGUAGCAACAUAAUUGUACACCAUACCUGAUCCAAAUAUCAAACAAAAAAUAUUUUUAUAAUAUGCAUCUGCCCAAACAAUGACAAAAUAGGUAUCUCACGUAUAUAUCACGUGAAAUCUGUACAGCGCCAUCUAUUUUGUAUUCUUCUAUCGUAUGGGUUGUGAGGUGGAUUACCAACCCCAUCAACCCUGGUGUCAGGGUUACCACUGAACCGAGCACUGAUUGAGGUAUUGUUAAAGAAAAUCAAAUCCGAAUGUGAUUUUUCGAUGGCGUUUAAGUGGUUUUCACCAUAAGGCGACAAUAUACAAAAGUGCUAUUUUAUAAAUGAAAAACCGUGCUGAGCGUUACAUCUGACAUAAGUAGUCUUGUACUAAAAGCAACCACUACCAGGAAUCAGCCAUGAAUGUGGCGAAAGCAAGUGUGUCAGGAUCGAAUCAAAUGGAUCCAUAGACUCUGCUUACCCCGGUGGGAAAUAGGGGCAAUGGAAAACGCUGAGCAAGGACGCCGUCCCUUCCCAGAACCUCCCCAAGCUGAACCCUGACGGCACAGUCAUGGUGAUCAGGAAGAGCCGCACCGUCAAAUACAGGGAAGGCAGGAAGGAUAGCACCGGUGACAAGAUCGACAAGUGGUCGGCGCCUAUCCAACCAAUUCUGCAGACUACCAAUCCUGAAGCUAGUCCAUCAGAUGCUCAUGAUCCUAACACUGCCUACCGCCUUCAGGCGCUGAGCGCGAUCGCCAGCGCUCUGCCGCCCCAAAUGCCGACACAGCCGAUCAGCAUCAGUCUAAGUCAGUCGAUAAAGCCCAAAAAGCAGGACGCCUUCAUGCAAACAGACCCUGUCCAAACGGAAGAGGGUGACAACCAGCCCAACAAUAGUUACAGCGAGACAUCAGACAACUCGUUCAACUCUGAACAGAUGGACUAUUCCAAAGACCCCUACACGGCAUACCAAAAAGAGAAGGAGUACAUAGAAAGUGACAGAAAAUACGAAUCGCCAAAGGACUACACGAAACAAGACGAUUAUAUGCCACAGACAAACGAAGAAUACAACAAGGAAGCUGAGAAAUACGCUUUAGAACGCAAAUCGCACAAUGGCUACGAGAAACAAGUCAUAGAUUACGAAAAACCGGUUAUGGAUUACCAAAAACAGGAUUACCAGAAACCUGAUUAUCAAAAACAAGAUUACCAGAAACCUGAUUACCAGAAACAAGAUUACCAGAAACCUGAUUACCAGAAACAGGAUUACCAGAAACAGGAUUACCAAAAACAAGAUUACCAGAAACCCGAUUACCAGAAACCUGAUUACCAGAAGGUUUUAGAGAAUGGUUACCAGAAAAUGCCGGAUGUGUACGCGGGGUUUGAAAAAGAUUACCAAAGGAAUGAUUAUAUCGGCUACCAAUAUACGGAUAGUGUGGAAUUGUUGCGGAAUCAACAACACAACUUGGAAAUGCUUCAACAGCAACACAGAGUUACGGAAAAUCAGAAUUUUUUCAACGAAAACCAUAUUAAGCAGGAGAUCGAUAUGAAUAGUGAGGAGGAGAAGUUUAUGUAUGAGAGGGCUAAGGAUCAGUUAGACGCGAGCGUAAUGUACACCGGACACAGGACUGUGGCGCAGCAGCAGCGCCUCCUAGAGCACCUACAGCAUCAGGUCAAACAGGAACCGGAGUCUGGAGCGUGUGACAACGUGAUGCAGCCACAAGGCAGCCCGUACUACGCUGCUAAUGGCCACACUAACCCUCCUGGCGGUUACUACGACCAGCUGUCACGACCGGGCCCAGAGUUGCUGAUAGCGAAACAAAACGCACUCGCGGCGCAUACGCAACUAUGGCAAAAUACUAUGAAAAGGCCGUUUUUUUAUAGCGAGACACCUCAUUAUUCUGCGCUCCAUAGAUAUGAGGAUCUAACGAGAAUUCUCCAGUGAUACCGAGAGACAUUCCAAAGGUAUAAUUAAAAAAGAAUUAUAUAGUUCUCCAAAUGACGAAAAUCUCUCAUCAUUGUUUUUGUAAUAAUAUAUUUUUAUUGUACUAUUUUAUUAUUAAUAUUACGGUCCUAUAAAAACUUGAGGAGGCAUUUGACACAUACGUAAACGCUAUCCCUAAGGGGCAGGGCAGAGCUGUGUAAUUUCACUGCAUGUAUGACAAAGUAUCAAAAUAUACUCACUUUUUUAUAGGACUGUUUGAAUAAGGUAUUGUUAUUAAAGUUUCGGUGAUUUUAAUAUUUUUCUCAAAAAAAAAAACAUAGUACAAUCCAUUCGGAAGUCGCCGAAUCAAUCAAUCAAUAAUUCUUUAUUGCAGAAAGACAUAAGUAAAGGACAUGUACAAACUAGUAAAAUAAGCACAACAGGCGGCCUUAUAGCUGAACAGCAAUUUCUGCCAGGCAACCUUAGGCCGAAGUGUAAGGUGUUGGAAUAACUCUUGCGUUUGUUGUGGAUUUAACCGUAGAGUAAAUGCGUAGGGAGUUGUUAAGGCAAAUCUUUGCAAUGCGCUUGUUUUUCUUCUUCUAUCGUGUGGGUUGUAAGGUGGAUUACCAACCCCAUCAACCCUGGUGUCAGGGUUACUAUUGAGCCGCCUAAGGCCCUUGACAUGGCUCACGUAACGACUGCGCGUUUAUAAGAAAAUAUACAAUAAAUAUUAAAAUAUCAAAAUUUUACCGACAAUACCUUUGUACAAUGUAUUGAAUUGUGUAUAAAACAAUAAAAUACAUUGGUGAAUUAAAAUAAAAAGAAAUGUACAAAUUGUUCUUAUAACUAAUAUUUACUAAUGCUUUCUACGUAUUUUUUUUUAUCAUCGUUAUAUAUUGUUUAGAGAGGUGUCUUGGGUGCUAUCCACGGGAAAGUCGCCGCGUUGCUUUUGUAAUGCCUUAGUAUGCCUUAAUACCGGCUUUCGUAAUGAAAACUGCCUCUCCCUUCGUCGACUUCGUCCUCAGUUGAACCGAUCGCAAGGAAGACUUCGAACUCAGCUCAAAAUCGUUAUAGACGGCGCCUCAACCGUAUUUCGAGUUUACUCCAGCAAGGCAUGACGUCAUUAUUUUCGUAUAAUUAUGUUGGCAUUAUGAUACGUGCGAUUCCAGUGAGUAAAGUCCCCAAGUCGAGGGCGUAAAUGUCAAUUUCAAAUAUCGAAAUCGUUAGCUGAGCCGAGUCGAUGAAGUUUCGAGUUGACAUCUUAAAAUACGGUUGUUAGCCGCGGACUUAGUGUGGAUAGCCCUUAAAAUUAUAUGCUCAAAUGUAACAGCCUAAUAUACAGUAUGGUUUCUCGGGCCUAAUGAUCAAAAUUAGCACAUUGUUCGGGAAAAAAUGAUGUAUAUUUUCAAAUUGUAAUUUUGGGUGUAUAAUGGUACGGAUUCUUGCAGAUACAAACUUAAUUUUAUUUUAGUUGAAAAGUACUAAACUAUUCCUGUCUUUCUUGCACCAAGAGGAAGACCAAGAAGAAUUCUUGCACCAAGCAAGAGGAAGGCGGCACUAGUUUUAGAGCUGUUAAACGGAAAUAAAAUAAAGUACGUAUCUGUCAGAAAUUGUACGACACGUUUUUGGAUCCAAAAAUUGACAUUUAUUUUCAUAUACAUACUUUUAAAAUUUUUUAAGUUUUAUUUUUAGUUUCUUUUUAAAAUUUUAUGUUUCUCAGAUUUUAUACUUUAAGAUUUAGCCUCAUAUCAGUUAUUUUCUGUUGAGUUUUCUUUCUUUAUAAUCAUGUUUUAUUUUUCAAUAUAUAAAAAAAAAUAUUUAUAUAUAUAUAUAUUUGUAAUUUACAUAGUCUUACCUAGUUACCAUAAAGUAAUUUCGAUAUUAAUUGCCAUUUUUUUUAAAUAAAUUCCUAUAUUUUUGAGAUGACUUAAGGGAGAAUACAGUUAUGUAGGGAAAUUGUGUUAUUCUAGACAGAUAAAAAAAAGAGUGAAAGGUUUUAGUUUUUAUUUUUAUACAUUUUGAUUUUUUUUUAAUAUUUUGGCGUUGUUUUUACUUGAAUAUUGAUAUGUAAUAUAGAUUUUAAUAUAAAAUAACAAUAGUGUUGGUUCUAGCAGACUUAAUUUUAUUUUAAGUUUUUAUUUUUAUAGUUCUAAAGUUAGUUCUGUCUAUCUCUUACACUUAUCAUAAGUGAAGGAGGGGCUAACAAAAUUUAGAGCUGUGAAACUUAAAAUAAAAUUAAAUAUAUUUUUCAGAAACGGCACUAUUGAUUGAAGCCUAAGAUUAUUAAGAAAGUCUACAGAGUUUUAAAACCAAAGGAUUUAUAGGAAAAAAUGUGAAGUGUAAAGGAUAAAUGUUAAAUAUAUAUAAUAUGUCAUACAUACUGUAUUCUUCUAAUGUCAAAAUGUCACGGCGUGUCCAACGGGAUGGGUGGAAAAAAAUAAAAGAGAAAAGAAAUAUAAGGGAAGUGAUAUUGUAUCGAAUUUACGUGACAAUUGAUUGAAACCGUAGAUGUUAAGAAGUAAAAAGAAAUACUUUUUUAUUUUUCACCACGUCGUCACAAUGUAACUUUCGGUUAUUUUAGAAAUCUUGCCAAAGUUUUUGUGUUUUUUUUUCAAAAUGGAAGUCGUCGAUCUGUUACAAAUAAAAAAAAUGUUUUAUAUGGUUUGGUUGAUGACAUUUUUGGCGACUUCCAUUUUUUGUUAUGUUUUGGUGCUCACAAGAAGUUUAAUUUUUCCGAAUUUUCUGCAUUUUUUUUUAAAUAUAAAUAAGUGUUUUUUAGGGAAAACUUGAAGAUACAAGGAGUACAAUGUUUUUCGAAUAAUAUUUGUACGCACAUAAGCAGAGCGCUAGAAGUUUUUAAGAAUAAAAAAGAACUUUUUUUGUUACAAGCAUUAGUUUACCAUAGUUUUAAGGUAAGGAGAGGGGCGGUAGGUAUAUUUUUGAAAAGAGAGCGUACAUAUAAAUAUAAAUAUGUUUUUUUUUUAUUAUUUUUAUUAAUUAAUGUUGUACUUUAUUAGAUAUUAUAAAAAAAUACUCAUUCGAACGUUUGGCAUAAUUGCAUGGAUAACCAUAUUUUUUUUGUCAUAGAUAUAAUACUUUUUCGAAAGUGAAAUAUAUUUUAUGAAUGAGAAAAAUAAAUAAAGGGCUAUUUAUUACAGACACUGCAACACAGUUACGUCAACUGCUUAAGAUCUGCAUCAAAACUGUGUUUUAUGCAGCUGGCUUGUAGUUCAAAAGAGGAUAAAAACAUUAAAAAAAAAAAGAAAACGCAAAUGUAGGUGGCAGCACUGUUGAGUGUGACAUUUAUGAGGUUAGCCACAACUUUAAAUCGAAUUAUGAAAUAAUUUUGUUAAACUAAACUUAUGAUCUCUAAAUAUAGUUUUUUUUUAUAUUUAAAAAAGUACAACAUUAUAAUUUAAUAAAUAAAAUUCAAAAUGGUCUCUAUAUUUUUUAUUUGGAUAAAAUAAUAUCAAUAUCUAUGUAGAAAAGAUUAACAGAAGUAUAUUUUUAUUAUAUCCAGAGUAUCUAGUUAAAAAAAAGAUUAUAAAUAUUUUUAAUUUGUACGCUCUAUCAGACCAAAGCUGUGAAUUUCUAUGUAAAGAUGAAAGUAUGAUAAGAGAUAAAAAUGAAGAAAGCGCACAUUUUAUUUUAUAUUCUCAAAAAAUAUAUUUUAGAUAAUUAUUUUUUUUGUCGAACGUUUCACCGUCUAAAACAACUGCAGCUUCUCACAACCUGUAUAGCCGGGGAAAAGUAGCUGCAAGAAAAACCUCGGCACAGGGCCCUAGACGUUCUUAAUAAAAUACAAUUUCAGUACUUUUAUCCACAUACACAUAUGAAACACACGCCUGUAACCCCUAAUGGGGUGAGCAGAGCCACAGGUAAUCAGAAGAUAACUCGUAGCUACUUGAUACGCAGUCCUAAGAUGGAUAUAUGAUGAACAGUAAAGUCACUUGGAAAAUCUAGUUCCUGAGUGCCGUCUAGAGCGUAAGUGCGAGUGAGACAGACAAUCCACGCUCACCCUCCUGCUUCUUAAAGGCUUAUUGCCAUUUAGACUUUAGACUAAACUGAGUCAAGUUAACCUAGCUCGGCACCGAUGCGAAUGUUGCGGACCUGAGCGUCCUUUCUAUACGUAUUAUUUUUGUUUACUCUAUGGUAAGAUGGCGGGCGAUCGCCCACAUCAUCAUCAUCAUCUCCCUAGCAUUGUCGGAUUUUCACAAGGUUUCUUACCUAACCUGAAGAUUUGACAGGUCCGGUUUGUUACACAAACGACUGCCUGUCUGACCUUCCAACGCGCGAAGGGAAAACAAGCCCAAUACAUGUUAGGUCACAUACCUUCGAAAAUGCAUUUCUCGGGAAUGUAGGCGAUCACUCAUAAUAUGAUAAUCCUUAAUGUUAGAAAGGACGAUCCCUUGUCGGUUUUUACGACAUGCCCGGGAAGUAGCUGAACGCCUUCUGUUUUUUAUUCGCUCCCAGCCCAUCUUCAAUACUUUUUUGACGUUUUAUAAAAAAAAUAUAUCUACAUAGCGUAUCACUGGUGGGCACGGUUUUUAUCAGAAGUAUUCAGUCCUAAAGAUAUUGGGGUAUAAAAUCAAAUGUGUGCAUUGAUAAACGAUUUUGUAUGAAAAAUUAUGUUACUUUAGUUGUGUGUAUAACGUGCAUUUUUUGCGUAGGUAAAUUUAAAGUUUUUUUUAAAUUCGAGAUUUUUUAAAGUUCGAGGUCCUUUUUAAAGUUCGAGUUUUUUUUUUACCGGUCCCAGAUUUUCCUUUCAAUCAUGUAUGUUAAAUCUAGUAUUUUGAAAAGUUUAUGCGUUUUUAUGAAAUGGUAAUUUUGGGGUUGGUAGAAUAUUGUCAGUGUUACCAUAAUAAGCAUAAAUGUUAUUUUAACAAUAAAAGUAACAUGAAGUUUUUCAUCGAAAUCGGUUUAGCAGAUAAGGAAAGGUGUGAGAAUGAUUAACUGCUAGACACAACAUUUUUGUUUAUAUAUGUAUAUUUUUUACCGCCGUGGCCAUUUUCAAAUAAAAAUAAGGUGAAAAUUCACACAA